UCAGCUGUCGGUGGAAUCAGUCAGAGAACAGGUUACAGCCGGACCAAAAGUAAAAUAACAAUCGUGUGAAGAAACGAAAAUACGAUGACGCAAUUUUCGCAAAUUUUCAAUUCCUUUCAAGACCACCUGAAUAGUGAGCAGGAAUUACGAGAGGAAAUUCGUGUGAUCGUGAAGGACACUGAGAAAACAGCACGAGAUAUUCUAAUAAUACUUCAGAAUAUUCACAAUGAAAGUUCAAUGGAGGAGAACAUAAUUGUCUCUCAACACUGUGCCAAAGCCAGAGAACACUUCGCCGAAGUGAGACUGCAGUAUGCUAAAUUAGCUCAAGUCGUUCCGAAGGAUCAGUACUACCGAUUCCAUGAUUUGUGGAGAUUUGUCACACAGCGUCUGUGUUUUCUCGCAUCCCUCACAGUUUACCUGGAAGUCAAAGUCCUCGUAACCAAGGAAACAGUUGCAGAAAUUCUUGGGGUAAAAAAUAAUCGCGAAGAGGGUUUUCAUCUCGAUUUGGAGGAAUUUCUAAUGGGACUGCUUCAAUUAUCAGCAGAAUUGAGCCGUUUUGCAGUUAACAGUGUAACAUCUGGGGAUUACAAUCGUCCAAUUGAAAUUGCACGUUUUGUCAAUGAAUUGAAUGCUGGAUUCAGACUGCUGAAUUUGAAGAAUGAUAAUUUACGUAAACGUUUUGAUGCUUUAAAAUAUGAUGUCAAGAAAGUCGAGGAAGUCGUGUACGACUUGAGUAUUCGUGGACUGAAACCAACGGCGCAGCCGGUUGGUGAUAGUAUAUAGACCGAAUGGUCAACUUGAUGUUUUCGAAGGUCAAAUUCCAUGUAAAGUAUCAUCAAUGACAUUAACAUUUGUUACCUCACCUGGAAUUGAGGUAUUGAAAGUUGGGAGCAGUCGAUGAUUCAUCCCCAAUUGAGAUGUUUAUUCUUUCAAGGAAAUUUAUGUGCAUAUUUUUUACUUUGAUAUCGUAAAUAGCUUAAAUAUCUAAGGAAAUACGUGAGACUUAAUUAUGUAAUCGAAUAAACUGAAUAUUUCUCAAA